AUGGAGCAGGCCAAGCGCAACCACCUGCGGGUGGUGGACUCGCUGCAGACCUCCCUGGAUGCAGAGACGCGCAGCCGCAAUGAGGCCCUGCGGGUGAAGAAGAAGAUGGAGGGCGACCUCAAUGAGAUGGAGAUCCAGCUGAGCCAUGCCAACCGCAUGGCUGCUGAGGCCCAGAAGCAAGUCAAGGGUCUCCAGAGCUUGCUGAAGGACACCCAGAUCCAGCUGGAUGACGCAGUCCGUGCCAACGACGACCUGAAGGAGAACAUCGCCAUCGUGGAGCGGCGUAACAACCUGCUACAGGCAGAGCUGGAGGAGCUGCGGGCCGUGGUGGAGCAGACGGAGCGGUCUCGGAAGCUGGCUGAGCAGGAGCUGAUCGAGACCAGUGAGCGGGUGCAGCU